AGUGAGAACGUUGGAGUGUGGUCACGAGUCUAGAGUAGGAUCAUUGGCAUGGAACGAUUAUCUCUUGACAACGGGAGGAAUGGAUGGGAAGAUCAUCAACAAUGAUGUACGGGUUAGUUCACACGUUGUGAAUACUUACAGGGGUCACACUUCAGAAGUUUGUGGGUUGAAGUGGUCAGGAUCUGGACAGCAUUUAGCUAGUGGUGGCAACGACAAUGUGGUUAAUAUAUGGGACCGUUCUAGCUCUCAGCGGCUGCAUAGGCUCAUAGAGCACACAUCUGCAGUUAAAGCUCUUGCUUGGUGCCCUUUCCAAACGAAUUUGCUUGCAACUGGUGGCGGUGAGAGAGAUGGGAGAAUAAAGUUCUGGAAUACUAGGACAGGAGCUUGCUUGAACACGGUAGAAACUGGCUCUCAAGUUUGUUCUUUGUUAUGGAGCAACAAGGAAAGAGAGUUGCUUAGCUCACAUGGGUUUACUCAGAACCAGCUUACACUUUGGAAGUACCCAUCUAUGGUGAAAAUGGCUGAGCUCAGUGGUCACACAUCACGAGUUCUAUAUACGGCCCAGAGUCCGAAUGGUUGUACUGUAGCUUCUGCAGCAGCAGAUGAGAGACUGAUGUUUUGGAAUGUCUUUGGAGUACCAGAGGUUGGCAAAAAAGCUGCUCCAAAAAAUGUAGUAGUACCUGAGCCAUUUUCUCAUGUGAACCGUAUUCGCUGAAGUUGUUGUGAAGCCAUUGUCUAAUUGUAUUUUUGCUACACAAAAGAAAUGUUUCUGCACACUGUAGUAACAUGUUAAGUUGUUGUUUCUACCUGAAACGCUUGUAUAAAUCUCAUUAUAUGGAAAGGUUUUGAUUUUGUAUGACA